CUCCACCCCAGGAAAACCGAGCUUCCUCCAUAAUUCUGAGGUCCACUUGUUAGUGCGCUCUCGCUUGACACUUAAAGCGACUUCUGUGCACCUCGGCUGAUCAGUGCACGGAAUUCCCCCUCCAGAAAGACCGUGGGAGCGAUGCGACGUUUUGGAGGAGGAAGAGGAGACGAACUGGCCAGAAAGCAGCAGACACCUGCAAGGAAGAUCUGAGUUUGUUUCUCGCACGUCAAAGAACAGCAGUGGUAGAGUCUGACACAAGAAGCAAGAGACAAAUGCAGAGGAGGAAGCAAGGAAGAGGUGAAAGCAGAAAGCGAAAACUUUACACUACUGAAACUCAGUAGCCGGCCAGCAGGUCAGCUGAUCAGAUAACUUGGUGGUGCUGCUUGUGGUGUGGGGGAGUGGCUGUUGAAGUUCCUCGUCCUCGUCUGCCUCCAGCUGAAUGGACCAGGCACCGUUGAAUCAGCUGAGGACUCACUGAGCGGUUUCUAUUGGUCAUCACUAUGACUGAUGGGGAUUAUGACUACCUGAUAAAGCUCCUUGCACUGGGAGACUCUGGUGUGGGGAAGACAACAUUCUUGUACCGGUACACAGAUAACAAGUUCAACCCCAAGUUUAUCACCACAGUCGGCAUCGACUUCAGGGAAAAAAGAGUGGUGUACACAGCUUCCAACCCCAAUGGAAUGACAGCAGGAAAAACCUUCAAGGUUCACCUACAGCUCUGGGACACAGCUGGACAAGAAAGGUUCCGCAGCCUGACAACAGCAUUCUUCCGAGAUGCCAUGGGGUUCCUACUGAUGUUUGAUCUCACCAGCCAGCAGAGUUUCCUCAAUGUCAGAAACUGGAUGAGCCAGCUACAGGCCAAUGCCUACUGUGAGAACCCGGAUAUAGUCUUGGUUGGAAACAAGGCAGACCUGGCUGACCAGCGUGAGGUUCAAGAAAAGCAAGCAAAAGAGCUGGCAGAUAAAUACGGGGUCCCAUAUUUUGAGACGAGCGCCGCGACUGGGGUGGAGGUGGAAAAGGCGGUGAUCACGCUAUUGGACCUGGUCAUGAAGAGGAUGGAGCAGUGUGUGGACAAACCGCCUUCAGAGCCAUCUAAUGGCACGGGGACCACAAAGCUCUCCACUACACAGCCCGAUGAGAAGAAAUGUGCAUGCUAGAGCUCAGCAGCUUGUUCAGGAAGUGACCAAGUGUACUCACCACUCGCCGAUCUUUCCUCUGCUGUGUUUCUUCGUCUUUGCUUGCAUGCUUCUUGGGUGUCAUCUUGUUCUUCUCAUUUUCCAGCCAAAACUAAACCGUUGUUUAGCUUCUUUAUUAUCUUUUCCUCCAUUCAAUUAUGUUGCCGAAAUGCCUCCAUCGGAUUAGGGCAACCCAAGGUCUCCCUCUAAGGGUUAUUCAAGGAACUGCAGUCUGAUCAUGUCAAGUGUGUGUGUGUGUGUGUGUGUGUGUGUGUGUGUGUGUGUGUGUGUGUGUGUGUGUGUGUGUGUGUGUGUGUGUGUGUGUGUGUGUGUGUGUGUGUGUCUGCGUGCGUAUGUGUGUGGAGAACAAAAGUGAUACUUUAUACUCUAUAAUGACUACGGAUUGAAUGGUGGCCUAAGCCUACUUAUUUACAUACAUACAGUUUAUAUGCAGUUGCAUUCGUUUGGAUAAAUUGUCAAAUAAAAAUCUUGUUUUCAUUUUUGGAAAUUGUACCGGGGAAAAAAAAAAGAAACAUUUUUCAAAACAAACAUACAUUUGUUUAUCAGUGAAGAGUUAAAAUUCUACCUUGUGCUUAUAACUACUGGCAAUGUAUCUUGAUUUUUGGCCAUCUCAAACAGCUGCAGAGUUGUUCAUUUCUUUUUCUUGUUUGCCUUCUCAUGCCAAAUCUAGAAUUUCUUUCAAAUCACUAUUAUUUACUCUCUGAUGCUUUCCAUCAGCCAAUGUCCGUGUCUCACAACCACUUGCCCAAUCUUUUGUGCAAGUCAACCAUGUACCUAAAAUCAUAUGACACCUCUAUCUGCCUUACAUUUUGGAAAAUGUGUGUUAAAGCGUUGACUUGCUCAAGAAACGAGAAUCACCUUUCUAGCUUGUGAUCUAUUUAUUUAUUUCCCAAUGAGUCUGCAGUUUGAGUAUGUUGCUGCUUAACAUGAGUACUUUGACGCUAAUGACGAUACAAAACAGGUUCUAUAAUCAUCAGUAAAUGGUGGUUGGUGGUACAUGUUUUUGUUGUUUUUUUUUGUAUUGUACUGUAUUGAUCUGUUCAAAAGGUUUAUGUGCCCUUAAGCUUUGUCACCUUUAAUCUGCCAAUGUGCCAAAUCCAAAUAAAAGAGAAACUUCACCCACCGUUCA